AUGGACGCUAUACCCAAAGCCACGAGGGACGCCGAGUUCAUCUUCAGCAACUAUGCUGCGGUCCACCCUCGUGACUGGAAUAUUGGUGAUAUGGAGGAGGUCGCCAUCCGGGUCAGUGGUGAUCGUCUUCGAGGAGAAGAUUACAUCCUCAACGCCAAGGGCUUCUCCAUGAUUGAGCCGGGCAAGAUUGCGUUCGGCGAGCCCCAGCGGGUGUGGAUGAACAAUACCAGUCCUGGAGACGUGGUAAUUGUGGAAAGCUUCAACCCCAUCGAGCUCGGCCAAAAGGGCUACCUGGGCUCCGUAGAGAUCGCCAUCGAGUUCGCGCUGAAGAACAAGGUGACCGACGCCCCGUACGACCAAGACUCCCUUGCAAAGCAGUUCAUCAAGACGUACGAGAACCAGAUCUUCGCCCCGGGUCAGCAGGUCAUCAUGAUGUACCAGAAUAUUCCGCUGCGCGGCACAGUCUCUACCGUGGAGCUGAUCGACAUGAGCCUGGAGAAGCCCGGAGAAGGCGGAUCACCAGCAGACAGCAAUCCACGCGCCAGGGGAAUCUUGACACGCCAGUCCGAGGUGACCUUCAUCAGGGCACCGGCCUCUGCGACCAAGCCGAUGAACCUCAAGGGCAGCGCCAAGCGAAGCGCCAAUGCCAUUGUGCGGCCCGAUUUCAAGUUCGAGACGCUGGGCAUCGGUGGUCUGGAUGAUGAGUUCAGUGUUAUCUUCCGGCGUGCUUUCGCCUCCCGAAUCUUUCCUCCCAAUCUGAUUGAACAGCUCGGCAUUAUGCACGUCAAGGGUAUCCUGCUGUAUGGUCCCCCUGGAACAGGAAAGACGUUGAUCGCCCGCCAGAUUGGUAAGAUGCUGCAGGCCCGCGAGCCAAAGGUCAUCAACGGUCCCGAGGUCUUGAACAAGUAUGUCGGUCAGUCGGAAGAGAACAUCAGAAAGAUGUUCGCAGACGCCGAGAAGGAGUACAAGGAGAAGGGCGACGAGAGUGAGCUGCACGUCAUCAUCUUUGACGAGUUGGAUGCCGUGUGCAAGCAGCGUGGCUCCGGCGCUGGUGGCGGCACCGGCGUUGGUGACAGCGUGGUGAACCAGCUGCUCAGCAAGCUUGACGGUGUGGACCAGCUGAACAACAUUCUCCUCAUCGGCAUGACGAACCGGAAGGAUAUGAUCGAUGAUGCACUCCUCCGUCCGGGUCGUCUCGAGGUCCAGGUUGAAAUCAGCCUCCCCGACGAGAAAGGCCGACAGCAGAUUCUCAAGAUCCACACGAGCAAGAUGAGAGAGAACGGCCGUAUAGCGGAUGAUGUGAACCUCGCCGAGCUCGCUGCACUGACCAAGAACUUCUCCGGUGCCGAGCUCAACGGUCUUGCCAAGAGUGCGGCGUCCUUCGCAUUUAAUAGACACACGCAAGCCGGAAGCAUGGCAGCCGUGUCAAAGGACGUGAGCAACCUCGUGAUUACUCGACAAGACUUUAUGGCGGCACUCUCGGAGGUGACACCGGCGUUUGGUGUUUCGGACGAAGAGCUCACCAAGUCUAUUAUCUACGGCAUCGUACAUUUCUCGUCCAGCGUCGACCAGAUCAUCAACUCGUGCAUGAUCUAUCUGGACGCACUCCGGGAUCAGACGUCGAGGUCGCCCUCAUUUUCUCUACUCUUCCAUGGCCCCGACGGGAGCGGCAAGACGUCCCUGGCAUCACAUAUCGCCAAAGCAUCCGAGUUCCCAUUCAUCAAGAUCAUCUCCCCAGAAUCCUUGGUCGGCUAUCGCGAUGAGAUGGCCAAGCGAGACCACAUCCACAAAAUCUUCACGGAUGCUACAAAGUCUCCUCUGAGCAUUCUGAUUGUCGAUGACAUUGAAGGUCUAAUCGAAUGGAACCCUGUUGGCCCCCGCAUGUCCAAUACAAUCCUCCAGACGCUGCGGACACUCAUCCGCGCCAUCCCGCCCAAGGGCCACCGCCUUCUCAUUAUGGGCACAACGUCUCGACGCAGUAUUCUUCAGCAGCUCGACUUCACCUCCAUCUUCAACAAGGAGAUCCCUGUACCUAGCCUGCACAGUCUCAACGAGCUGGAGUACGUUCUGGAGGACCAGCAGGUAUUCGAGGACAAGAGUUAUCUGGUCGAAGCCAUGAACAUGGUGGCAGAGGCGACCCAGGGUUCCAACCAGGUGAACGUGGGUAUUAAGGGCAUCCUGGAGAUUGCGGGAUCUGCAAAGUCUCUGAGGAACGAAGACCAGAAGGUCAACUGGUUCGCUGAGGAGAUGCGCACUGCAAUGGCCAGCUUGGCCACCCCGCAAUAUUAA